AUGAAUACCACCACGCUUGUGUCGGGCUGUGCUGCCUUGUCCCUGGCAGACGAGGAGAUCGGCGGCCUGGAGGCCCCGGACGUUCUCGCACCUCCAACGGCGACCCCCCAUUAUGAGCUGAUCGGACGAUUCCUUACGGAUCGGGCGAUCAAAUUUGAUCAUAUGCAACAGGUUUUAGCGUCCGUUUGGCGACCAGUGAUGGGAAUGAAGGUGCUUCCGAUCGCGGAUGACCUCUUUUUAUUUCAAUUUCCUCAUAUUAAGGAUUUGCAGCGAGUGCUGGACGAUGGACCAUGGUCCUUCGAAAACCACACAUUGGUUUGUGACAUGGUUCCGACCGGAACCAGACCGGAGGAGGUGUCGCUCAACACCAUUGCAAUAUGGGUCCAGAUCCAUGAUCUCCCCUCCAUCUAUGCAUCAACGGAAUUCAUCGAACGCAUAGGCAAUUAUGUUGGCGUUUUCCUGAAGGCCGAUCCAAACAAUUUUGGUGGGCUCUGGCGCAGUUUCUUCCGCAUCAGAGUGCGUUUAGACGUGUCAGCCCCCCUGAAGAGACGGAUGAAGAUGUAUCAAAAGGAUGGCUCAACACAGUGGAUAAGCUUCAAGUACGAGAGACUGGGCACUUUCUGCUUCUGUUGCGGUGUGCUAGGCCAUUUCGAGAAGUUUUGUAAAAAGACCUACGAGGAGGUACUCGAUCCGGCGACAUUCCCGUAUGGGGGUUGGAUGCGAGCGGGAUCCCGUAGACAAGCCCGUCCGGUUGGAGCGAGGUGGCUCGUAGCCGAUCUUCCAAAGAAUCCGGUGGCCACGGAUACUCCGAAUCCAGACAAAGAAAAUCCAGGUGUGGACGAGACUGAGGAAUGCAGUGGAAUGCAAGGAGAUCUUAAAAGACGUAGGGCAGGUGAUAGUGCAGGUCAUGAUGUGGUUAUGUUUGAAACACCAAAAACCUCAAUUCCGGCGGGUCUGAUGGAUCAGGCUCGCCCUACACAAUGA